GAAGAAGAAGUAGAGGAGGAAGAAGACGAAGCAGCAGAAGAAGAAGAAGAAGUAGAGCCGCAGGCAGCAUAGCUGCAGCUCGUUAGCUCAUACGCAGUCCGGCUGCUGUCUCUGAUAAAUGCUGCUGGUUUCCGUUUCCUGAUAAUGAACCCUACAGAUGUCAGGGAUGACCUGACGACAGAAACUUCCAGCAGCUUUGUCCUCUUCCUGCAUCAUCCCAGUUCCGUUGGGUAGAAUAUCCUCCUCCAUCGCCGCCAUCAGCUCCCGGUUCGUCCCCGAUCGCCCUGACCUACGGUGACCAUGUACUGCCUGCAGUGGCUCCUCCCCGUGCUGCUCAUCCCCAAGCCGCUGAACCCGGCCCUCUGGUUCAACCACUCCAUGUUCAUGGGUUUCUACCUGCUCAGCUUCCUGCUGGAGAGGAAACCCUGCACCAUCUGUGCCUUGGUGUUCCUGGCCGCCCUCUUCCUCAUCUGCUACAGCUGCUGGGGCAACUGCUUCCUCUACCACUGCCAGGAUGCCGCACUGCCGGACGCCGCCCACGACCCCGCCAUCGUCGGCACCUAGGAGGAGGCGGCAUGAGCAGGCGGCGGCGGUGAAGGGGAUUUACUGUAGAAUGACACUGCCACGCCGGAGGAACACAGAGGGCUCAGCCAACGGUUGGAGACGAAGAUCAGCAAACUAGAAUCAAAGGGAAUCUUUAAGUUUGAGCCGACAGGAUGUUUUAUUUCCAGCGUUUGGGUCUGUGAGGCAUUAGAAAGUAGAAACUGAACGUUUUCUGUUUCUCCUGGUGUCCAAAGCUCUGCAGCCCGUCUGCGAGACGUUCUUCACGGUCCGAUAAAACGCAACAAGCUUCUCCUGGACCCAUCAGUGUUUCCACCUCUUCCUGCGCCUCCAUUUUGUUUUGUUUUUUAAGCAGAUUUUCCUCCUGCAUGAUUUGCUGUUUUCUUUUUUUCCAAACUGUCAGAUUCAGUUUUUAACUUGAACAAAACGCUGAAACCUUCCAAAGGGUACCGACCGGCGGUCGGCCGGCGCGGCGUCUGCUGAUGCUGAAAUAUUGAAACCGUGCGGACUCUGCAGGCGGCCAACAAGGAGACACGGGUCGGCCAUCUUUUUUUAUCAACCGUAAGCAAUACAGGAAGCUGGAACCACCUUUAUCCCUGCAGGACGUCUGAUGAUCAUUUCUGUUUCCACGGUGAUCCGGCGCUCCCAGUGCUGAUGUUUAGCUGUCAGACUCUUUGUUCCGUGUUCCUGCUGUGGGGGGGGGCGAGGAAUGUGCUCAACGCCGCAAGUUUACCUUGGUUUUAAUUUAAAUAAAGUCUUUCUUCAGUGUU